GAAGCGAGUCGGUAUUAUUAUUAGAUAGAGAGAGAGAGGGAGCGAGCGAUCAAAUCGAUCCCAUUCGAAGCGAAACUCUAACUUCCUCCUCCCCAAAGAAGAAGAGACGUUAAUGGCGGAUACCGUCGAGCUACCGAGUCGGUUAGCGAUUCUCCCAUUCAGAAACAAGGUUCUCUUACCCGGCGCCAUUAUUCGAAUCCGUUGCACUUCUCAUAGCAGUGUGACGCUAGUGGAGCAGGAGCUGUGGCAGAAGGAAGAGAAGGGGUUGAUUGGUAUUUUACCUGUUCGUGAUGAUGCUGAGGGUUCUUCAGUUGGGACGAUGAUUAAUCCAGGUGGUGGUGGAAGUGAUUCUGGGGAUAGAAGUUUGAAGUUUCUUGUUGGUACAACAGAUGCUCAAAAGUCUGAUGUUAAAGAACAUCAGGAAGUUCACUGGCAUAGCAGGGGAGUAGCAGCUCGUGCUCUGCAUCUUUCCAGAGGGGUGGAGAAACCGAGUGGAAGGGUUACUUAUGUUGUUGUACUUGAAGGUCUUAGUAGGUUUAAUGUUCAGGAGCUUGGAAAAAGAGGACCAUACUCUGUUGCGCGGAUUACAUCGCUCGAGAUGACUAAGGGAGAGUUAGAGCAAGUGGAACAAGACCCAGAUUUUGUAGCACUGUCACGUCAGUUUAAGACCACUGCUAUGGAACUGGUUUCUGUGCUUGAGCAGAAACAGAAAACCGGUGGAAGGACAAAAGUUCUAUUGGAGACAGUUCCUAUUCACAAACUAGCAGACAUCUUUGUUGCUAGUUUUGAAAUGAGUUUUGAAGAGCAACUAUCUAUGCUGGAUUCAGUUGACCUUAAAGUUAGACUCUCAAAGGCCACUGAACUUGUUGAUCGGCAUUUGCAGUCAAUUCGUGUGGCAGAGAAAAUUACUCAAAAAGUGGAGGGUCAGUUGUCAAAGUCACAGAAGGAGUAUCUCUUGCGCCAGCAGAUGAGGGCUAUCAAAGAAGAGCUUGGUGACAAUGAUGAUGAUGAAGAUGAUGUAGCUGCACUUGAAAGAAAGAUGCAAGCUGCGGGAAUGCCAUCUAACAUAUGGAAACAUGCUCAAAGGGAACUGAGGAGACUAAAAAAGAUGCAACCUCAGCAACCUGGUUAUAACAGUUCACGAGUUUACCUGGAGCUUUUGGCUGAUCUUCCUUGGGAGAAGGCAAGCGAAGAACAUGAGUUGGAUCUAAAAGCAGCAAAAGAACGUCUUGACAGUGAUCACUAUGGUUUAGCCAAGGUCAAGCAACGGAUCAUUGAAUAUCUGGCUGUUCGAAAGCUUAAGCCAGAUGCGAGAGGCCCAGUUUUGUGCUUUGUUGGUCCACCAGGUGUGGGUAAAACAUCUUUGGCGUCAUCUAUUGCAGCUGCGUUGGGUAGGAAAUUUGUUCGCCUAUCUUUGGGUGGUGUAAAAGAUGAAGCUGAUAUUAGAGGACACAGAAGGACUUACAUAGGAAGCAUGCCAGGGCGCCUCAUUGAUGGGUUAAAGAGGGUUGGUGUUAGCAAUCCAGUUAUGCUGUUGGAUGAGAUUGACAAAACAGGCUCAGAUGUUCGGGGUGAUCCAGCUUCUGCACUGCUGGAAGUUUUGGAUCCAGAGCAGAACAAAUCUUUUAACGAUCACUAUCUGAAUGUUCCAUAUGACUUAUCGAAGGUGGUUUUCGUUGCCACUGCGAAUAGGGUGCAGCCUAUUCCACCUCCUCUUCUAGACAGGAUGGAGCUAAUAGAGUUGCCAGGUUAUACGCAAGAGGAAAAGCUUAAGAUAGCAAUGCGUCAUCUGAUUCCUCGAGUCCUAGAUCAACAUGGACUGACUUCUGAGUUCCUCAAGAUUCCUGAGGCUAUGGUAAAGAAUAUAAUUCAGAGGUACACAAGGGAAGCCGGUGUUCGUAGUCUGGAAAGAAACUUGGCUGCUGUGGCUCGUGCAGCUGCUGUGAUGGUCGCAGAGCAUGAACAAACUCUUCCACUGAGCAAAGAUGUGCAGAAACUUGCUUCUCCUCUGCUUAAUGGUAGAAUGGCCGAGGGAGGCGAAGUAGAAAUGGAAGUUAUUCCAAUGGGUGAAAAUGAUCAUGAGAUUGGAAGUACCUUCCAGAAUCACUCAGCUUUGGUGGUAGAUGAGACCAUGCUUGAAAAAAUCCUAGGGCCUCCAAGGUUUGAUGAUAGUGAAGCAGCUGAUCGAGUGGCGUCAGCUGGUGUUUCGGUGGGUCUCGUCUGGACUACUUUUGGUGGAGAGGUCCAGUUCGUGGAGGCUACAUCCAUGGUGGGCAAGGGCGAACUGCAUUUGACUGGCCAACUGGGUGAUGUUAUCAAAGAAUCUGCUCAAUUAGCUCUUACAUGGGUAAGAGCCCGUGCAUCGGAUUUCAAGCUAGCACUUGCAGGAGACAUGAAUGUUCUUGAUGGACGAGACAUCCACAUUCACUUUCCUGCUGGUGCUGUGCCGAAAGACGGACCUUCAGCGGGAGUGACUUUGGUGACAGCUCUGGUUUCGCUUUUCAGUCAGAAACGAGUGAGAGCAGACACAGCUAUGACCGGAGAAAUGACACUCAGAGGUCUUGUCUUACCCGUUGGUGGCAUCAAAGAUAAGAUAUUGGCUGCACACCGUUAUGGAAUCAAGAGAGUGAUUCUACCGCAGAGGAACUCGAAGGACUUGGUUGAAGUACCCGCCGCUGUACUUUCCAGCCUAGAGGUGAUAUUGGCAAAGAGAAUGGAAGACGUUCUAGAGAAUGCAUUUGAGGGAGGUUGUCCAUGGCGUAAUCACUCUAAAUUAUGACAGACACGACACAAAGUCCCAAAGUUCUCUCGUCUCCAUGACCCGCAGACCUGUCUUUACCAUUUGGUAAGAUAUCAUCAGAAUGUCUGCAUCUCUCACUCAUAUCUCUUCUGUAUUGUAAGUUUGUGUAUGUAAUGAGCUUUAAAUUUAUCAUCUAAUUUAAUUUACUUCUCUCACAAAUCAGUACUCUUAAAGUCUUAAUAUUUGGUUUAUUAAUCAUGAUACGAGUUGUUCGAUUUUUUUUUUUUUUUGGCAACAUACGAGUUGUUCGAUAUUUGAAUCCCUUUGAAAUAAAUCAUAUAUUU